CUGUAUAAUCAGGUCAGUGAUUUUUGGCCCGUACCUCCUGGAGUGUAAAGAUUGUUUCUGUUGCUGCUUUUGGAAAAGUGAGCUGCUGAAUUAUGUUCUUGUUUUCCAAGAGUCACUAUCUCUACACCUUGGGCCAGAAAACAGAUCUCCAACAAUGACUGUGUACAGUACUACAGACCAUGUGCUAUCAGUCAGAAGUGAAGCUUGGUCUGUGCGUUCACUUUAAAGCAUUGACUGAGUCGUGUCAUGGCCCGGUUUUCCCCAGUGACGAGUAAUGAUCAAUGAUUUUAUCCGGAGCAACCACAAUCUGACAGACUAACUGCACCCUGCAUAGUGGCAGUUUUUAUUUCAAAUGUUAAGAUAAGUUAAGAUACGUUAGCUGUUUAUACCAUUUAUUCUCAUCAAAAAAUAUCAGGGAAGGAAAAUUGUGGCAUUUGCAUGUUGUAAACUAAGAACAGGAUCACAGCUAACCAGCAGUCUCAUGUGCCAGCCUGUGAAAGAAGAAACAAGGAGGGGAAACUCAUCUGAAAAGUAAGUUUUUAUAUUUUUGGAAAUGCAUGUGGAAGGAGUAAACUGGCUUUAAUUUGUCAUCAUUUCUUUUCAAAAUGCACAUUAUUGAAGACACAGUUUGUCAGCUGUUCUUCUCUAUGUUAUUGGGAGAGAUUUGAUUUAGUAUCUCAAUAAAAGUUUUGAUGCAUCUGGAAUAUCCCACGGAUUUGUAAUGUGUGUGUGCAUAAUUGCUUUGUUAGCUGAGCCAUGGCAGCUGAUCUAGAUGUGAUGAAUCUGUUCUUCAUUGCUGGGGGAACACUGGCUAUUCCCAUCUUGGCCUUUCUGGCGUCCUUCCUUCUCUGGCCCUCUGCACUCAUUAAAGUCUAUUACUGGUACUGGAGGAGGACUCUGGGCCUGCAGGUUCGCUAUGCAGACUGUGGAGGUUAUCGCUUCUGCUACUCGUACAGAGGGAAGCCUGGGUUGAGACCUUCCAUCUUAAUGCUGCAUGGCUUCUCGGCUCAUAAAGACAUGUGGCUCACUGUUGUCAAGUAUCUCCCUAAACAUCUGCACAUUGUGUGUGUGGACAUGCCCGGCCAUGAGGGGACGACUCGCACCAACACAGAGGAUUAUUCCAUUCAGGGGCAGGUCACGAGGAUCCAUCAGUUUGUGGAAACAAUUCAUCUAAACAGGAAACAGUUUCAUCUGGUUGGAACCUCGAUGGGUGGAAACGUAGCUGGAGUUUACGCUGCCUGUUACCCCUCAGAAAUCUGUAGCAUGACUCUGAUUUGUCCAGAUGGUAUAAGACAUCCAUGUGAGACCAAAUUUGACAAUCAUCUGCAGGAUCUGGAGCACAGCAAUUACACACUGAACAUACCGCUGAUUCCCACGACACCCGAAGAGAUGGAGGACAUGUUCAGGCUGUGUUCCCACGUUCGCUUUAAAAUUCCUCAGCAGAUUCUUCAAGGAUUGGUAGAUGUCCGGCAGCCUCACAACACAUUUUACCAAGAGGUAUUUAUGGAGAUUGUUGGUGAGAAUUCAAGAUACGCCUUACAGGAUCACCUGCAUCUGAUAACUGCACCUUUACAAUUGAUAUGGGGCAAACAAGACCAGGUGGUGGACGUCUCUGGAGCUACAGUCAUUGCAGAGGUGCUGCCUGGAUGCAGGGUGGACCUGCUGGAGAACUGCGGCCACUCUGUGGUGAUGGAGAGGCCUUGUCGGACAGCCAAACUCAUCCUGGAGUUCAUCAUCCUGCAGCAGAAUGCCAGAAGUGGCACAAAGAAAUCUUCCUGAACCAAAGACUGUCAAUCAGCUCCCCCUCUAUUCCAAUGCUUGAUGUGUUUUUUUUUGUAGACAGAUGCACACACAUCAAUGAAUGCAAUAGAAAAGAAUUGUAAUGUAUUUUCAUUUCUUUACAUGUCAUAAAU